AGACACAGUUGUUGGUGAACAUGUCACUAUAGUUUAGAGAAGCUGAGAGAUGAUUGCCGGUGUUCUCCUGCUGUUUGCUGCUGGAGUGUACUCUUCUAACAGUUCAGCCGACUGUGUACCCAGUCACGAGGUGGAAUGUAUUACAGCUGCUGAUAUUCUAAAUGCCUCUGGUCAUGUCAACAUAUAUGCUGGUAAAAUUCUCUCCAUUUCUGUGGAGAAUGGGCACACCUGCCAGUGGACUCAAACGGGAAUCAUUAUAUUAAAUGGUAGCCACAUCCUGAACAUCCAGACACUUUCUGAGGCAGACUCUGGGGAGUACACUGUGUUGUGUCAAACCCCAAACAGCACUUCAACCCCUGUGACAGUGCAUCUUCAUGUGGUCACAAAACGUCCGACAAAACCAAAGCUGAUUUUAAAUAAAAUCAAUUCAACGUCAUCACCAUGGUUUAAAUGCAUCACUGAAGGUUUCCCAAAACCUUCACUUGAAUGGUUAAGUAAUAAAGUUGGUGUUGAUCUAACUGCAAAUGAUGGAAGUGUUGAAAGCAAAAUAUCUAGUACUGCCUACUAUAAAAUGGGAGCAAUGUGUUGUGCUUCCAACAAAGUGGGACGAGAAUGCAGCCAGCUCUAUGACUUUGAUUUUACAAAAACAAACAGCCCUUUUAAUUUAACCCUGAGCCCUGGACAAUCUUUACUGAUGCGGUGCAGUGUCAUCUACACCGCUACUUUUGAAUGGCAGAAAGACAACAAAACAUUUAUGAGUUCAUUCUGUUCCCCUGAGCACACCAACAAGACAUGCAUUUUAAAGGAUGAACAUUAUGACACUAGCAUGUUGUACCUCUCUAUACCAUUUCUCAACAUUAACGACAGUGGAACAUAUGCAUGCAGAAGUGGAAACCAAACCAAAUCAGUUCAUGUUUCAGUUCAGGCUGAAGGCAGUUUAACGGUGGACCUGGAGGAGCACUUGAUCAUAAAAGCAGAAAGCAUAAGUAGUUUGUGCUUGCAGGCCAAUCUGUCCUACCACCCCUUUCUUCAAGACUGCACAUGGGAGACGCCAGAUAAAAGGGAAAUCAAAUGUUCUACAGAACCAUGGGCUACAAAGCAUAGGAAUGUGACGCUGUGUGAGCCUAUAAACACAGGAGUGUACAGGUUACAUGUUGAGGCUGGAGGAAAAAAUAUAACUAAGUCCAUAUCGUUGUGCAUUGCUGACACACCUGAUUUAAAGAUUACCAUUUUUAAUAAUACAUAUAUUGCAACAACCAUGAGUGUUGUUCCAGCCGAUUACUAUUGGAUGUCCUGCUCUAAUGAUAGCUGUGAGGCAGAUUCUUCUUGGGAAGUAAUAGCCCAAACCAAGAAAUCAGAUUUGGAAUUAUCCUGUAGGAGGACAAUUAAGAGUUCUUUGAGUAGAAGGCUAGUGUCUGGACUUUAUGUGAAGUUUUGUCUCAAUAACUCUGUCGGACAGUCAUGUAAGGUUCAAGCCGUGCAGUUUCAGCUUGAAAAAAUUACCUCUACUGGCCACCCAUAUGAUGAAAGCAAUACACUUCUGAAAACAGGCAGUAUUAUUUUACUGUUUGUGUUGACUAUUGUUACCAUUCUUCUGAUUUAUUUUAUCAAAAAGAAGAAACCAAAGUAUGAACCUCAGCUUCAAAUGAUCCAGAUGGUUGGACCAAAUGACAAUGAUUAUAUCUACAUCAAUUUUAAGGAUUUUGCAUAUGAUUCAAAAUGGGAAUUUCCCAGAGAAAAUCUAGAACUAGGUAAAGAGCUAGGUUCUGGUGCUUUUGGCAUGGUGGUCCAGGCUACAGCAUAUGGCAUCAACAAACCAGGUGUCUCACAACAGGUGGCUGUAAAGAUGCUCAAAGAGAAACACCAGGCAGUGGAGAAGGAGGCUCUCAUGUCCGAACUGAAAAUGCUCACUCACAUCGGUCAUCAUGCCAACAUUGUUAACUUACUUGGGGCUUGCACAGAGACAGGCCCUAUUUACCUGAUUUUCCAGUACUGUUGUUACGGUGAUCUGCUGAAUUACCUGAAGGACAACAGUCAGCGCUACCACAAAUCUGUGACUGACGCAUUCGUGAUGGAUCGCUUCAGCAGCCUGUACCACAACCUGCAGCCCAGGCAAUCAGUCAUGGAGAUGUCAAGAACAGUGGAGAAUGAUGUGCCAAUGCAAAGCUCUACCACCAGAGGGCAGGAGAAUAUUGCCUUGCUUACCCUCAACUUUGCUGAUGACAUGGAUUGCUUUGAAGACACAGAUAGUUUUGAGAUCCAAGAUGUAGCAAAUGAGGAUCUGCAAGCCCUCACGUUUGAUGACCUGCUGAGCUUUGCCUAUCAAGUGGCAAAGGGCAUGGAAUUCCUCUCCUCCAAAAAUUGCAUUCAUCGUGAUUUGGCAGCUCGAAAUGUGUUGGUCACAAAGGGUCGAAUGGCAAAAAUUGGGGACUUUGGUCUGGCAAGAGAUAUUGACAAUGACACAAACUACGUUGUACGAGGAAACGUACGCUUGCCUGUGAAAUGGAUGGCUCCAGAGAGCAUUUUCCAAGGAAUGUAUACCAUGAAGAGUGAUGUUUGGGCUUAUGGCAUUUUGCUGUGGGAAAUCUUCUCUCUUGGUGUUACUCCAUAUCCCGGUAUGAAGGUGGACCACACUUUCUAUGCAAUGAUUGAAAGAGGAUUUAAAAUGGAGUGUCCAUAUUAUGCCAACGAAUCUGUAUACAACAUUAUGUGCAAAUGUUGGGAACUUGAUUCAUGCAACCGCCCAUCCUUCUCCAAGCUGGUAUCUGUUAUGGCUGCCCAGUUGAGAGAGAUAGAAGAAAAGCUUUACCACAACACGCUUGACUCAAACUCCACUGAUUACCAAAACACAUCCUCUUUCAUGGAAAUUACAGCAUUGACCAAAGAGACAGAAAACAAAACUGCUACAGGUAAUGACUACUGUCCAUCCUACAAGGCAGAAGAGAGUGAGGGCAAAGUGUUCAGCACAGACACAGCCGAAGAAGUCCUAUAGAUAUGCUACUGUUCUUAUGUUGUUGUAAGGCCUGUAAUUAUUUCAUCACAGUUAUGUAUAUGUUUUUAAAUGUAUUUUUAUUAUCACAUUAAUAACAUGUAAUCUCCAAUGCAUAAGGCCUAUACCGCAAUGCAACUCUCCUCGAUAAGGGCCAUGCCCUAUGCAGCUUGUAAAGGCUAUGUAAAAUAAAUUGAUUUAACCCCCAUAUGUGUACCCAUU